AUGAACAAUAGUCAACCGCCCAGGAUGCCUCCCUCAGAUCCAGAACCACACUCGAUACUAGUCGAGAAAACGGCAGGUGGCGUCACGACCAUCGGAAUCAAUAGACCAGACAGGAAGAACGCCAUAAAUCCACCGACCGCCACGAAAUUACGAGCAGCCUUUCUAGACUUUGAAAAGGACCCCAGCCAGAAGAUUUGCGUCUUCUAUGGCACCGGCGGCACUUUCUGCUCUGGGUUUGAUCUCGGCGAGCUGAGGAAAUGGGAGAAACCGGCCGAAGACCAGGACAGCUCCAAGAGACGAGAUAGCAGCAUCACCCGCUCGCAUUUCAAGCCCGUGCAGGGUAGGAAUGAAGCUCCGCUAGGGCCGGGACGGAUGCAGAUCGAGAAGCCCGUCAUUUGCGCUAUAUCAGGCCAUGCUGUUGCGGGAGGCAUGGAACUAAGUUUGCUAGCCGACAUUCGCGUGGUUGAAGAGGACGCCAUCUUCGGGAUAUUUAGUCGACGCUUUGGCGUGCCCUUGCUGGACGGCGGCACGGUCCGGCUCCAGGAGAUCAUCGGCCUGGGGAGGGCGUUGGAUAUCCUCCUCACAGGCAGGCCGGUGGCAGCAACCGAAGCCAUGCAUAUAGGGCUGGCCGCGAAGGUCGUGCCGAAGGGAGAAGCCUUCAAGGAGGCGAUGAAGAUGGCACAGUCGCUGGCCGCGGUGCCCCAGGAGUGUCUGAAUGCUGAUCGAAAAGCAUGCUACCACGCUGCGUAUAAUUCACCUUCGUUCGAAGAUGCAUUGUCGUAUGAGUUCGAGGAAGCGGUAAAAGUUAGCGAUCUUGCAAUCCACAAGGCCAUGAAUUUCAACAAACGGGAAAAGGCGAGACUGUGA